AAACCCUCGCCCCUCUUCUGUCUGACUCUCCAGUUCAAGUGCUGUGGCAGCAACAACUCCCACGACUGGAUGGUGAGCGCCUACAUUUCGUCGAGGCUCGCAGAGCGAAGGGUUGUGCCCGACAGCUGCUGUAAGACCAUCACCCCUCUCUGUGGCCAGAGACACCCGUCCAACAUCUACAAGGUGGAGGGAGGAUGCAUCACUAAGCUGGAGCAGUCUGCCGACCACCUGUUGGUCAUCGGUGCGGUGGGAAUCGGAGUGGCCUGUUUGCAGCUGGCUGGGGCAGCCUUGACAGCCUGCUUCAUUUAUCUGCUCUAUAAGGAAGAGGAGGACGACUUCGGUACUUUGUGAUUUAGCUGUAGAGCGUCUUUGUGCUUUAAUGGACGGGAGCGACCAGGUUGGAGUGCAUUCUGGGAACUUGUCCCACGUGUCUGCAUGUUUUGUUCCUCUGUGAGAUCUUGUCGGCUACAAGGACAUUUUGACUUUCCUCCAUGAUCUUUGCUGAGGGUGAAGCAUGCGGCCGCCUGGCUUUGGCUCUGUGUCGCUGCAUGUUGAGCUGAACUGCCUCUGCUCUGUGAUGUCAUGUUCUCUAUAUUCAUAAAGAAUAUAUGCUUCAUUCUACACAUGUAAAGUAACUGUGCUUACCAGGAAAAGGGAAAUGAUGGUCUUUUUACAGUAUAAACCAACAUUUUGCUGUUUAUUAUUAUUUAUUAUAAUAAUACUCUGUUAUCUAUGGAGCAUAACAUAGCAUAGAAUGCAGUUAAAAGGAGUUACAGGAGUGAUCCAGCCUAUGUGAAUGUUUUUAUAAAUGACAGAAAACUGACAAAAGGGGAGAAUACACCACACUUUGAUGAUUUUUUAUUUUGUAGUUGAAAAUCUCAGAGUAAAUUAUCAUGAAGAUAAAUUGGUGUUGUUGCUAUAGUUACUCGGAAUCUAAAAUAGACGACCGCUGCUCGACUCAUGAACGUUGAGAAAUUCAAUUUUUUUCUCGACUGGCUUAAAACUGUUUUUUUCUAUCAAAACUAAUUUUUCAAAUCAACCCUGACUCGUUAAAUUAGGCUUCAAGGAAACAAUGAGCCAACAUGUCUCCUCCUCUGACUCUUCCUCUCGGGGCUUUUAGAGACUCAGAGUUUGAAUCCGGGCACCUGACUGUUUAUCCAUCACCCCAGGAGACCCGGCUCGUCAAUCACUGCUCCCACCGAUCUUUCUUUAUUCCUUUUUUUAUAUUAGUGAAUAGUACAGAGCUUCUGUAAACCGCAUCUGUACAGUGAGUCGAAUUCCACUUAGGUGUUUUUCUUUUGAAGGCUUUUUGAACCCACUUUUGAGCAAUGCUGCGUUUUGAAAUGGCAAAAUUAUUCAAUCAGACACAAAUUGGGGAUAUACUUCUUUUUUUAUCAAUAAGAAUGUUACUUCUGAAUAACAAAUCCUAAUAGCAAUAUGACAAAGAUUCAAUAUAUAAUAAUACAUUUAUUUAUGUUGCUCUUUUAAACGGUUCUUAAAAAUAAUCCGUCUUAAAACCUAAAGAAAUAACAACAGUGAUUAUAUUUGAUUUUCACACGAAUCUGCUUUUUGUCAGCCCCUCUCCAAAGUGCCUUGUUUCGUAUCUGCUCGCACACGCAUGCACACACACACACACACACACACACGCGUUCUGCAACAAUGGCUGCCUGACACCCGACAUCCCCUUAGCCACCAGCCUCAUCCUCUCCAGCAGUCCCUAACCCCAUCACCUUUAACCCCCUCUCCAUCACCUCGGGCUGCUUCCCUCAGUCCUCCAAUGGCGACUCCUGA